AUGGGAAAAUCGUUUGUUGGAAAGCCGAAACCACUCGGAGCUGACCAUAAAGUGGUCGUCGUGCUUGAUCAUGGACCACGAUUUGGAAUCGGCGCCUCUGAAAAGCUGCCCAUUCACGUGAAGGAGCUCGCCGGGAACAAGCAGAAAUUUGUUGCGACCAUCGAGAAAAGUGUGUGGUCGCUAGCCGUUGAAUGUGCCCUCGAGAUGCAUCGUAUUGUUAGCGAUGUUUUCCCGAACAAUAACAAAUUGAUGCGCUUCGUUUUAUCGGAUUGUGUGGGCCGCUUCCUAACGAGUGACACGUCGGAUGUAAUGAAACAAUGGGGCGAUAGUUUGAUCUCAAGAAAUGAGUUGCAUGAGAGCAUCAAAUCGGCCGGCAAACCGUUGACAAGUGAAGAUUCGUCGAUACUCAAUGGUGUCCGAAUGGCUGUGGAUGCCCUCUCACAGAAGACGAAUGCCUACAGGAAAGCGAUCGAUACAGCUCAGAAAAUGGGGAAUCGACCGGGACAAGGCAAGCGCCCACGAGUUCCGAUCCCGAUGAGAGGUGGAAAUUUGGAAGCAAACAAGCAAAAGAGAGACCAAUUUCUUCAAACAUUCAUUCCAAAUCGAGGCGCAAUCGUUCUAAUGACUUCAUUGAAAAGUGAAGAAGAGCUGAAAAGUCUCGAGGCGGACAUUGUGGAGAUUGUGAAGGGUCGUAACUUGAUUGUUAAGAAUUUGGGUGAUGACAAUUUUUCUCCAAUCGAGGAUCUUCGCUGCUAUAUCAUCAACGUUUACUCGGGAAAUCUUGCCAAUCCACUUCAAAACAAAUCAAUGCAAUCGGCGGACGAUACCGAAUUGGUGAAGAUUCAACUCCUUUCCACUGUAGACACUGGGGAAGCUAUUCAAAUGGUCGUUCAUGCUGUCACUCUUGAUUUGUACAAUCUUGUCUCGACGACAAUCACCGGAAUACCGAUGAAGGAAGAAAGCAUUACCGGACAAUCGGUCAACUAUGAUGUCGAACUUUUUCCAUCCGAAAAUCGUCCU